AUGCUGGAAUAUCUCCAUCAGUUCACAAGAGAAGACGAGCAUCUAAUCAUCAGGAAGAUCAAACACACUGAAGAUACUGAAGAACAGACAGAGUUGAUUGAAGAAAACAAGGAUAAUCAAGAACUGAGUGAAUAUGAGGAGAAAAAUAAUGCCAAAAGCAGAGAAAAACCUUUGAGCUGCUCUCAAACCAAAAAGAAAGAUUUAAAGAAAAGAGCCAAGAAAUCUUUCAUCUGCUCUCAGUGUGGAAAGAGUUUGACAAACAAAUAUAAAUAUGAUGUUCACAUGAGAGUUCAUACUGGAGAGAAACCAUUCACUUGUAAUCAGUGCGGGAAGAGUUUCACACAAUCUCCAUACCUUAAACUUACAGGCCAUAUGAGAGUUCAUACUGGAGAGAGACCAUUCACUUGUGAUCAAUGCGGGAAGAGUUUCUCAGACUCGUCAACCCUUGAGAGACACAUGAACAUCCACACUAGAGAGAAACUGCAUACAUGUGAUCAAUGCAGCAAAAUAUUUUUGUGGGCUUCAUACCUGAAGACACACCUGAAUGUUCAUACAAAGGAGAAGCCACAUUCAUGUCAUUUGUGUGGAAAGAGUUUUUCAUGUCAAAAACAAUUAAAAGAACAUCAGAAAACACAUUCUGCUGUGAGAGAGUACAUGUGCUUUGAGUGUGAAAAGACUUUUACUACAGCAAGAAGUUUGAAAACACAUGAGAGGAUCCACACUGGAGAGAAAGCUUACAAGUGUUCACACUGUGACAAGAGAUUCAGUCGGUCAGCAACUCUGAAAACACACGAGAGGAUCCACACUGGAGAGAAACCGUAUCACUGCACUGCAUGUGGGAAGCGUUUCAGUCAUUCAUCUUCAUGUCAUCUUCAAC